AUGGAAUUAGGUAAUAACGUAAAUGUCUAGCCAAUAUCGUAAACGUCUAACAUUAAUAGAUGAUAGACAUUUACGAUAUUAAUAGAUGAUAUCGUCAAUGCCUAGACGUUAACUGAUAACAUAGGCAAUAAUUUAAAAUUCAAAUAUUUUGCUAACACAUUUACAACUAUGGCUAGGAAAUUACCUUAAUAUCUAAUACUGAUAGACAAUGUUGAUAAUACUUGAUUUAUUGAUUUAUUGAUAAUACAUAAUUUUUUAUUUUCAAAAUUUAUUGUACCGUGACACUUAGGAUUUCAUAAAAUAUAUUUAUUUUUUUUUGCAGCAUAUCUAUUAGUUUUACAAAUACAUUAAGUAUAUCCUUGUGAUCCCGCGAUUUCAUAGCCAACAGCCUCACGAACGGUAACUACUUUUUCUCCGGCAGCCGUAAUUGUCUUUUCGUAGUUAUAUAUUAUAGUUAUAGUAAUAUAUUUUCUAGACAUGGAAUCAAUUGUGAUCUAGUGACCCUAUGUUUUAGCAUUCCAUACUCCGUACCUACAUAGUAAUUUUGUAAAAAUGUACCAAUUUAUUAUUUUAAUAUUUGUAGUACAAAUAAUAUUUAAAAAUAUUUAUAUUAUAGUUAUUAAAUCAAUAAAGCUGUUAAUUAAUAAAAUAAUAAUUAUCUAACAUGAAGAUUACUAACCUGAAUUGAACGCUCGAUUUGUUGAAACUGGUUAAAUUUAUCUUAUCGAUAAAUCGAUUUUACAACGCAAGGUUGUUUCUAAUUCAACCAACAAAUAAUUGAUUUAACAUUUUUAUCAAUUAUGUCUAAAAUAGCCCGGAAUUAUCGUCAUUAUCCAGGAAAUAUUUAUAAAUACAUCAUUGCUUGAAAAUAAUGGACAUUAACGUUACUUCCUAGUGUCAAUAUCGUAUACUGUCUAAUUUGAUUGGAAAUGUCGGUAUUGGCUAGUCAUUUAUGUUAAUUCCUUAAUUUACGUCUUUGCCGGUAAUAUAUAAAUAUGUUUUUAUGUUUUUUUGUUAUUAUAUGAACUUAUAGGUACAGUCGGUAUUAAUUGUAAACAUUUUCAUAAUGUUUUUACAGGACUUAAGUUAAUAUUACAUUUAAAACGAACAGUAAGUAUAAUAUUAUAGUUAGGUGAUUAAGUUAUUUUAAACAAAAAAUUUACGAGUUGUGUUUUAUUGGUCAAACUAUAUUAGGUAUAUAUAUAUUGUAGGUAUGCGCGUACAUUUUUUAUGCUUACAGUCUGUAAUAAAACAAUUGUAUUAGAAUGGACUUCUUGACUCACGUAGGUACAUAUUUAUGUUCGUGUAGUAACAGUUAUUUAUUGUUGAUGGGUACGUAUUCAGUGAUUAAUCGAGUGUAUUUUUAAUUACACUCGGAACAAAAAAGUUACAAACUAAUGCAACCAAUGUGGGUAUAUUAUAUUCGUAAGUACUUAAAAAACGUAUAACAAUAAAUUAUUUAUAAUAUAAUACAUAGGUAAUAACAAUAUUAUAAUAUCAAAUUGCAUUGAUAUUUAAUAAUACAAUUGAAUGUUCAAUAUAAUAGAUACAUUCAAUGGCGUACAUAGAAAUUAUUUUUAUUAUAGACCUAUUUUAUACCACUAGUCUAGCCACAGUGAAAAAUGUGCUAAGAGGCUGGAACGUUAUAAUUAAGUAGAUGUAUAACAAGUCUACCUGCAUAUAUAAUAUGUUCUAACAAAACAUUUUUUUUAAAGUGCCAAUAUUAUUUAUUGGAAUACUGUCCGAAGAAUUUAAACACAACACUAAAUAAGUCAUGUAAGUCGUACUUUGUGGUAAAAAAAAAAAAAAUUGAGUGAAAUGGAGUAUUAUUUUUAUAAGAAUUUGAAUAUCAAAUUUUAACGAAAAUCGUAAAUAUUAAAAUUACAAAACACGAACACCGCUCAGAACAGCUAUAGAAUAAUACAUUUCCGAUUAGAGUUAUUAUUGAUACCACGAAACAGAACAUUGCUAAAAAUGUAAAAUAAGAGAUAGAUACCUAUAUAUAGGUUUAGUUAUCUUGUACCGGCUCUCGCUAAGCUGGCUAGACACUGUACAUAGCCGCCCAGAAAUAUCAAAUUAAAAUAUGUUUGAAUAUUAAUAUAUUUUAGUCGAAAGCAUUUACCAAGUGACGAUUGCCGACUGAGAUUCUAAUAUUGCCGAGUGUGUAGGGGGGGUGUCGCAUCCCUCUCCAUCACCUACCUUCGGUGCGUCCCUGGGUUUAAUAUUAUACUUAUAAGUCACUGUCCAGAGGUAAAUGUCUGCAGCAAUUUUAUUUUCCUCGUUGUUCGCCAUAAGUGUAUCGGUUCGAAAUCGAUAAUCCCUGGGUUACGUGCCCACAGGCGCCGCGCGUAAAGGGAUACGUGCGAGCCGUAUAAAGAUAGUAGUCGAAACGCGUGAAACCAAAUGCCUACCCGACACAAAUGGACCUGUAAUAAAAUACUGUACCGAAUUAUGCUGUGGCCCUUGAAGUUUUGGCACAUGGGCCCACGCCGGUCGUGUUCUAAUUUCCGAAUUAAAUACGAAUAAACAACACCAUCGUGAAAAGAUUUCCUGUUAAUGUUUAUAAUGUCUAUACUUUAAACUGCAUUUAAUAAUAGUAUGUUUGAUUUACUGUUUUGGCUAUCAUCAAAUUGGUUGAUUUAUUGUGGGCUUAGGUCCUUGGAUUUUAAUUCCAGCGACGAUACCGAACUAUAGAUAGCAACGCAACUUUGAACAACGGGUUGUGGGGGCACAUCACAUUAGCAUAAUGUAUAUAACGCCACCCGAAACAUUGUCUGAUAGGACGAGUCCGCCACGAUCUAUUGCGAGCAACUACGCGUCACUCUAUUUGCUCUUUGGACUUGUGUUUUUAGUUGCAAUUAAAUAAUAGUACUUAGAAUAUUUUUGAUGUUUUUAAAUUGAAUUGGACUUAGCAUAUAUGUGAAGAUUUAUUAUUAUCGAACUUUUAUUUGUCUGUAUGGAAAUAUUAAUCUAUUACCUAUUUUAACUCGAGUUGGAGCUUUAAUUAUUUCAAAGUUUCCUACUAAGUCUUGUUUCCUCCAAUGGCACGUUAUAUCCCAAUCCUUGAACAUCUAAAAAUAUCAAAACAAAUUGUAUUCGAUUUACACCCGCGAGCUAUAUGAUAACAUACUAUACUAUAUCGUUCGGUUUCAGGCACUCUGUCCAGCGGAAUGCUGUGCUUGUGCGUCGGUAAGCCCAGGUUCACGGUCAACGACACUCUCCAGUCAAGGAUGGGAGCGUUCUGCGUAAAUUGCAUCGUGGCAGCUGCCCAGUUGUUUACAGUGCUGUUCUGUCUAGUUGGCUGGGGUUGGAGCAUUUGGUGGGGAGUUUUAAUGCUCAAGAUGGCCAGUAAGUCAGUAAAGUUUUGCUACCCCUCAAUUUUAUUCAAGUCUAUUAUUAUUAUUAUUCUUUUUUUUUUGCGCCUAUAUUAUAAGAUAUGUGUAUAAUUAGACAUAUGUCCAUAUACAGAAUAUCCCACAAGGAUUAUUCGACAAAUGCAAUAACUUUUGUUCUACUUAAUAUUUUUGGUAUACACAUUUUUUUUUAAUAAUUAGCAUUCCUCAACGCUACAGUUUAUAUAAUAUGAACAUUUUUUUAGGUUCCUUUCCCUAAAAAUAAACAUUUUAUAAUUUGUUUAAAAAAAUUCAAAAUAGCCAUUUUGUAAAAGAGAUUUUCAGAACAUUUUAGGUGAUUUAAACUUUUGUUGAAGUAUGGUCUUUUAGUUUCUACGAUUUUUUGAAAAUUUUAAUAAUUUUCUUUUCAAUAAUUACAUUAUUCUUUAACAAAAUAAAUUGUCAUUAUUGAUUGAUUGAUACUACCUGAUACCUAUAUGAUAAUAUUAUUGCAUGAUAUUUGUUGUAAUGAUAAGACUAUGAUAAGAUUAUGAUAAGCACGAUACAUCAUAUAAGUUAUUAAAUAUGUUAUAUAAUGUGUCACAUCAUCUUAAAAGAAAAUUAAAUAUAAAACAUGGCGUAGUCGGUUGUUGCGUUCAGCAAUCUGUAAAAAACUGGAUUGAAACAGAUAAAAAUGGAAUUCAUCAAACCGGAAAGCUUAUAAUUAUCCGGUAGUAUAGUAGAGAAUUUUAAGCUAUUUAAGGAUGAAGUUACAGUAUUUUUUGAAGCAACAGAGACGAUUCUAAAAUCUCAAACAACACAGGUAGCAAGAUUACUUAACUUAAUUGACACAGAUGGGCUGAAGUUGUACAGGUCAAUUAAGAGACCUAGUAGACCUAUUAAGAAACAGUUGAGACAAUCUUGAAGCACUUGGAAAAUUAUUGUAUACCUAGGCGCAACGAGAUAAUGGAACAUUUUAAAUUCUUUACUAGAAAACAAUUGUGUGAUGAGAAGUUUGAUAAAUACAAUGCUGAACUAAGAGUAUUGGUUAAAACAUGUAAUUUUGGAGAAAUUGAAGACAGAUUACUAAGAACACAAAUUGUAUGGGGAAUAGCAAACAAAGAGUUACAAACCAGAAUGCUGAGAGAAGAAUUAACAUUGGAUAAAGUAAUUCAAUCGUGUCAAGCAGUGGAACAAGCUGAGGUAAACAGCAAAUUAUUGGAAGAUCAAACUAAAGAAGUUGAUGUAAUGGAGCAAUACAAGAAAAGAACACAGAAUCAAGGAAAUGAGCAGAACCAGGACAGAAGACAGAAUCAAACUCACAACAACGGGAAGAAUGAUCAAGAUAAGGUAUUUAAUUGUAAUAAAUGUGGUAAGCAACAUGAAUUUAUGGAAUGUCCAGCAUAUGAAAAAGAGUGUAGGAUGUGUAAAAAGUUAAAUCAUUUUGCCUACAAAUGUAAAAACAAUAGGCAAGUUGACAUGGUUGAAUGUACAAGCGAUAAUAUGAGUAUAGAGUAUUUGACAUUAGAUGAAAUAGAUAACAAAGACAAUAAUAAUAUUUAGUUAGAAAAGGUUAAAAUUAAUGACAUAAACACUGAAGUAAAGAUUGAUACAGGGGCGCAAUUAAAUGUAAUGUCGAAUAAGUUUUCUAAAAAAUUAAGGACAGAAAUAUAAAACAGUAAGGUGGUAACCAAAGUGUUUAGUGGGACAAUAAUUAAGUCAUUAGGUAAAGUACAGGUAGCUGUUGUAGGUCAGUCAGCACAAAUUAUUACAAUAUUUGAAGUUGUGGAAUAUGAUGGAAACUCAAUUUUAGGGUUUAAGGAUUGUAAAAGAUUGAACUACAUUAGUGAGUUAAAUGAGAUAAAAGAAAAAGUUAGCACAGAAAAGUUUAUAAAAAACACGUAGAUUUAUUUACAGGUUUUUGCUGUUUUCCGGAUAAAGGUAAGAUAAAGGUAAACCAUGGAAGUGUACCAAUAAUAAUUAGUCCCAGACGUGUCCCCAUGGGAAAAUUAAAGGAACUUUUAAAAAUGUUAUGUUCUAGGAAAAUAAUUGAGAAAAGUAAAAAGCAAAGUGAAUGGCAAAACAGUUUAGUAGUAAUUUAAAAACCGGAUAAAUCACUUAGAAUGUGUUUAGACACUAGGGACUUUAAUAAGAAUAUUUUGAGAGAAAUGGUCGAAAUUCCAACCCUAGAAGAAGUUAGAAAUAAAUUAAUAAAUAAAAAAUUGUAUACACUAGUGGACUUGAAAGAUGAGUUUUAUCAAUGUGAGUUGGAAGAAGGUUCAAAAAGAUAUUGUGCAUUCAGUACACCAUAUGGUACAUACAAUUUUAAUAGACUACCAUUCGGAAUAGCGUGUGCACCUGAAUUGUUCCAGCAAUUGACAAAUAAAUACUUUGGAGAUAUUCAAAAUGUGUGUGUGUAUAUUGAUGACAUUUUAGUUUAUGGUAGAAAAAAGGAAGAAAAAUAAAUAAAUAAAUAGUCUAGGAAAUAUAAGACACUAUCAUAAAAUAAGAAAUGAGUUAAUGUUGGAAAAAGGUUUAAUUUAUUAUGUUUGUCAUUUGGUUGUACCUAAAGUUAUGUGCAAGUACAUUAUUAAAAAAUUACAUGAAACACAUUUAGGUAUAAACAAAACUUUCAAAAAAAAGCAAACAAAUUUUUUUUUGGCCUGGUAUGGCAUCAGAUAUAACAAAUGCAAUUAGUAUAUGUGAAACUUGCAUGCAAUUUAGUAUUAAAAAAAUUAAAGAACCAUUAAAACAGCAUGAAAGAUCAAGUGUUCCGUUUCAAAAAGUAGGUUUAGACAUCGCAGAAAUAUUUGAUAAUAAUUAUCUUAUAAUAAUUGAUUAUUAUUCCAGAUGGUUAGAAGUAUUAAAAUUAAAAGACAAAUCAAGCCAGUCANUAGUAGGUUUGGAAUUCCCGAACAAGUAGUUGCUGAUAAUAAUCCUUGUGGCUCACAAGAGUUUAUAACAUUUGCCACACAGUGGCAAUUUGCGGUAAUAUUGUCUAGCUCAUACUAUGCAAAAAGUAAUGGCUUGGCAGAGAAAGCGGUAGGGAUAGCGAAAGGGAUGAUUACCAAAGCUAGAUAUGAGAAAAAGAUCUCAAUUUAUUUUUACUCAAUUAUAGAAAUAGUCCGGUGGCAGAUUUGGAAUACUAGCCUGAACAAUUGUUAAUGGCAAGGGAGCUAAGAACACUUACAAAUUUUCUAAAUCCAAAAAUUUUUAAACCAAAAUUAAUAAAUUGUGCUGGAGAAAUGCAAAAACAAGAAAAUUAUCAAAAUUAUUGGUAUGACAAAACUGCAAGGCCCAAGGAAAAUCAAUUUACAGAAGGUAAAAAAGUUAAUAAAUAAAUAAUAAUAAUAAAUGAUAAUUUAAAAAAAGAAUAGGAUGAAGGAGAGGUUGUAAAGAACACAAAAUGGCUCAGGUCAUACUAUGUGAAAAAUGUAAAAGAGAAUGUAUUGAGAAGAAAUAAUUGUUAUAUAAAAAAGAAGUUUAAGAUUAAGGACAAUUUUAUUAAUGAUGAUGUUAUGAAUAUAGAUAAAAAAGAGGAUGAUGAUAGUAAGAAAGAUAACGAUAAAGAUGACAGUAAUGAGAAUAAAGGUUCUGGGAGUCAGAUGUUAACCCUUAACUAGUAUCCUUAUUUGUAUUCACGUAACUGGUAUUGUCGGGUCAAAAAUGACCCGAAAUUUGAACUACCUAUAAGUUAUUCAAUUUUUUUUUUUUUUUUUUUCAUUAUCUUCUAUGAAAUGAAUAUUUUUAACUAAUAACACAAUUUUUUUUUUCAAAUAUAAGUGUUUUAUACAAAUUUAUUUUAAUCUUGCAAAUUUACAUGAUUAUUUAUAAAUGUUUGAAUAAAUUACUUAAAAAAAUAUAUUUACAUUCAAAUUUGAAAUACCCAUUGGUUUUUAGUUAAGUUUAGAUACAAUAACAAAAAAAUAAAAUAAAAUUUAGAACUUAAAACAUUUAUUUCUAAAAAAUUACAAACACUUAUUGUACCUCUCUGGACGUUUUUUUAUCUAACCAACUACAAACAAAUUUAAAAGCUUAGGUAUUAGUUUAUUAUUUAAGACUUGACUUUUUUGUAUGAAAUAUAUUUUAAAUGUUACUCAAAUAUUAAACACUUAAUUUAGUUAAUUAAUGAAAUUCAAAUAAAAAAAAAUAUAUUUGUGGAAAGUUCCUUACAUUAUAAAAUACAAAUAAAUAAAAAUGUUUAGUUACUCUGUAUCCAUACAAUUAACACAUAAAUACAUGAACGAUACAUGAACGCCGUGUGUUUUACAUAAAAUAAAAUGGUCCAAAAAUCAAUUGGAUUACUAUUAGUAAUUAUUUUUGAAGAGCCAACUACACCAGGAAGAUGUGAUAUUAUAUUAUCAGAUCGAGUACGUCUCUGUGGAAAAGGCUGUAAAGACCAUUUGUACCUGUUUUUUCCAUAAAUAAAAUUUUGAGAACGUACAUUUUGUUCAACAGUUUCAUUAGAACUAUAUUCUGAGCUAUCGGUUUCAUCUUCGGAAACUUCAGAUAUUUCUUGCUCGGACUCACUUUCAUGAUCCAAUACAAUACUCUCUACAACUAGAGCAUAGUAAGAAAAAAGAAGUGACAGGGUGUAUUAGAAAAAGGGCUGGUAGAAAAAUUGAAAAACCAAAUAAACUUAAUUUGUAGAAUCUUAAGAACUAUUAAUUAGUAUUUGUAUUGUUUAAUUAGUAAGCAUCAUAUUUAAGUAUUGUAAUUUGUAAGCAUAUAUUAAGUUAUUUUAUUAAGUUUCUAUAUAUUGUAUUCCUAAAGAUGUUGUAAUGAUAAGACUAUGAUAAGAUUAUCAUAAGAUUGUGAUAAGCACGAGAUAUCAUAUAAGUGAUUAAAUAUGUUAUAUAAUGUGUCACAUCAUCUUAAAAAAUAAUUACAAAUAAAAAAUAUAAAACAAUAUUAACUCGUGGAAAAGAAAAUCUUUGUCAUGUGCCCUGAUUAAUACUGAUUUAACAUUGUAAUACAUUUGCGAAAAUUUCAAAAAACUUACCAUAAUCUAGUUCCUGGUCUGUCAUUCUUGUUAUUUUGUUGAUAUAGACUUUAUUAAUGUUAUUAGUUUUUUUUUUUUUCCAAUUUGUAUUGUUUUCUGCUUCUAACAUAAAAAAAAUAUAGAUAAAUGCAAAUAAACGUUUUAUUAAUUAAAGUGUGACUUUGGCUUCGUCCUGGUUAGUACAUAUACAAAUAUACAAUUAACCUAAAAACAUAUUCAUAUCAUAAUAACUACACGCAUUAACUCGUUUUGUAAUGUUUUUUGCAGAAAAAUAUCAGAAAGUCAGAUUGAUUGAACAUCCUGCUGAAACACCCACAGUCGCCAUGGAUCAAAACCAUCAGAUCUAAUAUAUUCCCCUCCUAACCUAUGAGGCUGUUCGGGUUUUUAUUAAGUAAUAUUAUACUAUUUUAAUGUGUGUAGGUAUCUAUACCAACUAAUAGUUUCAAAAUAUUAUACUAUAAACAAAACGGCAUUGCAAUAUAACUAUUUAUUAUAUUUAUAGACAGUGUUGUAAUAGAGCGACAUUAUUAUUAACUAUUGUUUUGUCUUGUUGAAUAAUAUAAAUAUCCCCAUAAUAGUUACCUAUGUUAUUAAUUUACCAUAUUUUUUGAUAAAUGCAGAUCCUAUGACAGGACAAGUAUACAUAUGGUAUGUAUGGUAGAUAUAUUAACUGUACCACAAACAUUAAUAUCUGUUGUAUUUUAAUUCCUGUAAAAAUGUACUACUAUAACUUCUUGGAU